CACCAGAACUCGUCAACACCACCCCACCAUGGCUGGGCCGACCGUAGACACCGACAUCGCGGGGGAUUUCGGUUUCGCAUCAGGCGAGCAAUUAUUCGCCGGCAAGAAGUUCUGGGUGGCACAGCGCGUAGCGUCGCGGAAACGGCUGCUGGACGACAUAAAGGCCAACGGCGGAGAGGUUGUGGCACUAGAGAAGAAAGCAGACUACCUAAUCGUCGACCACGCUCGGAGGGACUGUCCACCCGGAUCAACAUCGUACGAAUUCAUAGAAAAGUCCAUCAAAGAUGGAGAACUCCAAAAUCCCGAAGACUACACAGCCGGACCGCCGUUAGGGGAGGCGCGAGAGGCUGGUUCCAUCCACCAACCCACCAAGAGCGGAAGGACAUCAUACACAGCAGAGGAAGACAGGAUGCUCUACAAAUGGGUGCGCGACGCCCAAUCCAAAGGCGCUUCCGUCGGUGGGAACGAGCUAUACAAGCAGCUCGAAGCCAAGUACCCACGGCAUACAUGGCAGUCAUGGCGCGACCGAUGGGUCAAGACACUCAGUAAACGUCCGCUCUCGGCUUUCACGAUACCCGAUAACGCUCCUCCGUCUCCUCCUUCUGAUCAGUCGAACGAACGUAUGCCCCCAGUUCCAGCCCCCUCCAAGCCUACAGAACACCAAAUACCUAAAACAGAACAGGCUCCGAGUGCGACAGCCCUCGAUAAGAAAAGCACGUCAAGAGCGAACAACGAUUAUAGCGUGGAAGAGUUGGAAGUCAUGUUCAGCACAGAUGACUGGCUAGAGUGCUAUGCUUUUGUGGAGAUCAUCGAUGGCGUGGAAGGACAAGACGAUUACGAUACUGCUUGGGAUGGAUGGGCUGAAAACCAGGGCAACCAAACCGCCGAGCAGUGGCGGCAAUAUUACGAAAAGGUAGUCCGUCCACAGUGGUUGCGCGAUCCGGUAUCGAAAAGAGAAAAGAUCAGGAAGAAGAUGGAGGAGAAACAUGAUGCCGCAAAUGCAAGCCAGAGUCAGGCGCUGAGUCAGCAGCCAGCAGAGAUCGAGAAACCAGACGAAACAGUGCCACGCCCCCCUCCAACAGCACGAGAUGAAGUAGAGCCUGUACAGCCGUCAGCUCCUGAGGGCGAUCGCUUCAAAGAACUACUGCCAGACAAGAAAAUCGACAAAAUUUCUCCCGCCUAUACUCGCUACGCCUUGGCAAAGAAGCAAGAUACGCUGAACGUGCAACCAGCCCUAGAUCGUGCUGCGAUGCAUGAGCUCUUGCUAACUCAGUGGCGAUCGCUCUCAGCAGAAGAAAAGGCACCUUACAUUGCCGAAGACAAAUCGGUCACCAAAGAGACAUUGGACGAUUUGAGAAACUUGCCCAAGAGCGCAUCAGAAUCCAAGAUGCCGUCAUCUUCCACUGCUCGCCAAGAAUCUCCGAACUUUUACGAUGAGCAACUUGCGAGGUUCACGAAGCGCUUACGAGAAGACGACUUCGUGGAGCAGGACGAGGAGGUGAAAAUAGCGCCGCCUGCUAAACGACGGAAGAGCAGAAGUACAACGCCUGCCCAAGAAGAGCCAUUGCAACCGAUCAAAGCCGAGGGCACGCAGAACCAGCCCGUGGACAUAUCUUCUGCGGCGAGUUCCCAGACUAGUUCAACAUCAGAAGAUGCUGAAGAGCUGAUGCAAGAGCAAAUCCGGUCCCAAGAACUCGAUGGAGUGGAUGAAGAUGCUACCAUCGUCAAUUUUGAUGCGGAUCUAGACGAGAAAGAGGUCGAGAGUAUAGAGUCAGAUGAGUUCCCUGACAUUGAUGAACUACACUCACCCUCACCACCGCCAGAGCAAGACUCGGUAUCUGGCGAUGAUCUACCCUCAAAUACACCUACACCACGUGCCACCCGACAAAAGGUUUCUAAUUUCGAUACUCAAGCCAUCCUCUCGUCGCCGAUACCAGACAGGUUCUCAAGAACACAAGAGUACGUCCCCAACAUGAAACCUCGACAAGAGCAGCGAUUCUCAUCGCUACCCGAACAACCACCAUCCGACGCAUCAACAACCCAAUCCAUGGAAGAGUUCCGCCGCUCUCUUCAACAAGAAGGAGAAGAAGAAGAAGAAGACCCAGACCAGACCCUCUACUCGCAGCAUCCCCCUCAACCACUCCUCAUAUCCUCAUCCCCCGCACCUUCCACUUCAUCCACAGGCUCGGAAGACCCCGACCCACCCCUCACAGGCGACGAAAUCAUCGAUUUCUACACUGAACUAAACAAGCAGAAAUGGUCCGACGAAUUCAUCAGCAGAGCACUAAAACGCACAAGUCUACGCCCUGACCUAGCAGAAAAGGUCCUCGAUGCAUGGAAGGUUGGAAAACCUUUACCGAUGCAAAGAGGUAUCUGGAGUAAAGAAGAUGACGAGGCUGUUGAGGGUGGUGAUGGGCAUCAACUAGCAAUAUUGGAGAAGAAGCAUACGGUGGAUGGGUGGGGUGGGAUUAUGGAGAGGUUGAAUUUUUUGGAGACGUAUCGGAGUCGGUAGGGGAGGUUGUUUGGACUUUGGGGUGGUUAUCUCUAUUACUCUUAUUCUGGUCUUGGACGGCAUGGAGUCGACUUUCAGAAUGGCGUUUCGCAACAUCGGAUCAGACGUUCGUAUAUACCCUCAGCGCAGUCUACAUGGCCUGGCGGUUCUCCAGUAGCAGAAGGUCAUACCAUCAUUUUCUUCGAUCAUCAAUGCCCAACCCAAGCCUGAUGCGCCGGUGCAUACCUCUCCCCCUCCGGCUUCGCCUGAUCAACAAUCCUCCUCAUCUCCGCCAUCUCCUCCUCACUCAACUC